AUGGCUUUAGAAGAUUGUACUAGAAGUGUUGUGGAUGAAAUUUGGGAAUCAAAGAAAGUAUUCUUUAAUAUUAAGUUAAUACCUUCUCACUGGUACUCUGAAAAAGGUCUUGUAAUGUUUAAUGAAAAUCAAGAAUUAUCUAUUCAAAUAAUACAGAAUGAAGAUAAACUACUUCAAACUAGAACAUUUUAA